ACAAGUUGCAUGCACCGGCAAAAGUGUAAAAAUGGCGGACGACAUGUUCGGAGAUUCCGAACUUUUUGCAGAAUUUGACAAAGAAAGAGAAACUUCAGGUUCAUUUAUUCUCUACGAGAAGGACGAACAAGGUUAUGAAGAUCGCAGUAAGUAUGUGUUUCAGGUCAGCGAAUCCUCGUCAUCCGAAGACAGCGACGAAGAUGAAGAGAAACUGAAAGUAAAACAAUCGGUUGCAUUCGCAGUAGAUACUUUGCAAAAACAAAAUGAAAGACCCAAGAAUGCCGAUUUUAAUGCAAAUGGGCAGGUGUCUCAGGAGAAUGGUAUUGAAAACCAAAGUGACUCGGACACUGAACAAGUUGAUACACGGAUUGUGAGCAAAGACCGGCAAGAAAAAAUGACGACGUACAAGUUGAAUUUUGAACGAAACAAGUUUAAAAGAUACUGCAAUAUCAUUGAUUCUACCAGGUUCAUACAUGAUGAGGAAUCAACAUCUGUACAAGUCUUGUUUCAAAAUAACAGAUUUUCAAGGAAAUACAAGACACAGAUAGAAGAGUUUGUUAAACAUCUGAUAGACCAAGAUGCCAGUGCUGAAUAUGAAACACUGCAAAAAUUAGAUCUCAAGAGUUCUGUACCAAGUUGUUCAGAGUUGAAUGACAAAAUUCCAAUAGGGAAAAGAACAGACAGGAUGUACCAAGGUCAUGCUAUAAUUGGAUGUUCACAGUUUUAUAGAGACUUUAUAGUGGACACAUUAGGAUGGCCUUUGGUAGAGUACAACCCAUCAUUAACAGAGAGUUGGGACAUACCAGUUUAUGAACAAGUAUUAACAGAUGUGUUACCUAUAGAUGAAGAAGAGAGAAGAGCAUUGGCUAGAAAACUGGAAAGAGAAAGAAUGAAACCAAAGUGUUGGAACUGUGAUGGUGAACAUAUGUUAAAUGAAUGUAAACUGCCAAAAAACCAGGCCAAAAUAAAUGAGAACAGGCAGAUUAUGAUGGCAAAUAAACAACAAAAAAGAGAUGAUGGACCGAAGUCUGCAAGAUAUCAUAAAGAAAAGACAAGUGGAGAUCCUAAAUAUAGCAAGUUUAAACCUGGAGUUAUAAGAGCUGGACUUGAUGAUGACCAACUACCUGUAUACAUCUACAAGAUGCGGGCCCUCGGGUAUCCCCCAGGCUGGAUGGAAGAGGCCAAGGCCGCCCCUGUCCUGUCCAUGUUUGAUAAAGAUGGAAAUGACAUUGAUGAAAAUGUGGAGGAAGGCGAGACUGGAAAAGAACCCGUUUUGAAUGUGCAAAAGAUAAUCGAGUACCCUGGAUUCACGGUUGAAACUCCAGCUGAUAUUGCUGAUGAAGCAGAGAUGUAUGGUCUGCCACCACUACAACCCCAUCAGUUGAAAGCUACACUCAUAGCACAUACUAAGAUGCAGCAGGAAGCGAUGAAAAGAGAACUAGACGAACAAGAAACAAAGACGGCCAAGCGGCAGAAAGUGAGCACUGAUGAUAUGGAUCUAGAUGAAGAUGGUGAAAUGAAAGCAGCAAUGAUUGAUUACAAUCCACCCCUGCCUCCGGAGACUCCGCCUUCUAGACCGCCUAUGCCACUUAGCACUCCUCCUCCAACCCCAGAUGAAACUUCGAGGCAGUCAUCAGUAAACUUCUCCCGUGAAUCUAGUCAGCCACGAUCUGACUCCCCAUCUUUAGAAGAACUGGAGGAAAAAUAUAAAUUGUUACAAAAAUCUCUGAUGAAUGAUAAUGAGGACGGAGAAUUAAUUGUUUUAGAUAGCUGCGAUGACGAGUCUUCAUUGUCGAGCCCUGCUGGAGAAAAAUCGACCAAUCCUAUUGAUGUAGAUUCCUGUGAUGACGGAGGCACGUCAAAAAAUCCUAUUGAGAUUGCUAACGAUUCAAUGGAUAGUACCGAAGACUUUGAUUUUGUGAAACCUCAGCUUUUGAGAACUGGUUCCACAGCUUCUAUACAAACAUUUGGUGAACUAGGAACGGGAAGUCCAGCUAGUUCCAAUCCUGGAACCCCUGUUCAUACUCCUACUAUAGACUAUAAACCUACAUUUAAAGGAACAGUGUCAGUAUCAAAAGACUAUGGUACACCGAUUUUGAAACGGGCUGGCAGCAUUGACGCAUUGCCAACGGAUUCAAAAUUUGCUCAAGGAAUUGAAGAUCAUAUUCCAUUUGAAAAUCUCCCAGAUUCCACUGGAAGGUUUAGUACAAUUAGAAAAAUUGUGGACAAAAUUCGCAAAAUAAAACCCAUGAAUAAAAAAAAGAAGUAGAGAUGUAGAGAUGAUAACAAAAUAUGUAUCGUAUGUUAGUUCGAUCACAAGAGAAGUCUGGUUGUUAAGAGGUGGCCUUUUUUUAAUACGGAAAGCAAAAUGUUUUAAGAUGCUCUGAUUUUAUAUUGUGAAAAAUAUGUUCACUGCUUUUUAUAAUCAUUUGAACAAAUAUCAUAUAUGACUUUUAAAAUGAAGAUAUUGCCUGUGACAGGCAAAAGAUUUUAACAGACCACUGUUAUGUUAUAUUAUUGAUUGAUAACAUUGUCAGUAAUACCUUUUAAUACCACCUAGGCAAGAUGGAACAAACUUGUAGACUUUAUUCACUGUGUCAUUUACAUAAUUCCAUUUACCUUGCUUGACAAGUCAGUUGAUGAACCUGUGCUUGACUUUGGAAAAGAAAUUUACUACCAGUAUUUCUUCAGAAAAUGUUGCAAGCAUAAUUUAAUCAAAUGUAGGGUGUUCUAAAUUGUUACACAGGGUAGCACAUUUAGAUACCGUUAGAUUAUAUAUUUUUUUAUGGUAAAAAGAUUUUCUAUUUCUUGUUAUCCAAAGGCAAGUAUUACUAGGAUAAGACCUUGAUAACUGGACAGUUAAUAGUCAUAUUCUCUUCUUCAAGCUAUAACUGAUUAAAGGUUGGUUAGUAGUAAAUUGCUUGAUUUGUAUUAUUUUCUUGCCAGAUCUAGUAGGCUUGGGAAGUAGUCAUGAAAUAGGCUUGAAGUCUUGUUACCAAGUGGUAGGUUAAAACAAAUAAUCAUUUAUCAAAUAAAGACCUUGUUUUUUUUUGCCCCCUAAAAUUUAGGGUUGGGGCACUUAGAGUUGCCCUUGUCCAUCUGCCUGUCUGUCUGUCUGUCAGUCUGUUCAAAUUUGUGUCAUGCAUAUCUUUAAAAGUAUUUUGACCCAGAGUCAUCAAAACUCACAGGAUUGUCAUUUAGUAUGUGAAGUUGUGUACCUGGUGUUUUAAUUGGGUUUUCACACAGCCACUGUCAUACCAGAGUUAUGGCCCUUGACUUAGUCUAAAAAACAUGUAAAAAGGACCCUAAAAGUUUGUGUUGCAGGUAUCUUAAAAAGCUUAUGAAUCAUUAUAGAAAUAUUAUUCAGCAAGUGAAUUUGUGCACCGGAGUUUUGUUCUGGGUUUCACUCUGAAAGACCAGAGUUAUGGCUCUUGACUUAGUCAAAAAUUAUGCAUAACGGGCAUAAAAUUUUGUUUUCUGUGUAUCUCAAAAAGAAUUUGACCUAGAGUCAUAAAACGUUAGAGGAUUGUUAUUUAACAUGUGUUGUGUACCUGGUGUUCUCUUUGGGAUUUCACUCAGCCAGAGUUAUGAUCUUUGACAAAGUUAAAAGUACAAAUGAAGAGUUUAAAAGUUUAUGUUGCAGUUGUCUUAACAAAUAUUUCACCUAGAGUCCUUGAACCAUGUACAUUGACAGAAAAGGGGGGCACCACGCAUCCAAAUUGUAUUGUUAUCAAAUGAUAACUUAUUAAAAACUAUUAAUCAUUUAUCAAGUAAAGAUCUUGGUUGUUUGUGUUGUUUUCCAGUACUAAACAAUUUACUGAGAUAAUGCAUAGUGGAAAGUCUUUUCUUGCAGUUAAAAAAAGUCAUUAGCUGUUAUCAUGAUGUAUACUUUUAUUCAAUUGUUUCUGGAAAUUUAACGUUUACAUUCAAUUAACCUUUACUGCUAUAUUUCUAAAAUGGACUGGUCCUUCAUUCAGUUUGGGCAGUACCACUUAUUAUUCAAAUGGUUGUUUACUGAAAAUUUACUGACUGAAUAGCCAACAGUGCAGACCAUGAACAGCCUGCAUGGAUCACUUGUUGCCAGCAGGCAAAAUGUUAAAGCUGAACACCAAUAAUACAGCCAGGUAUAGAUCUAUAAUAAAAAAUACAAAUUUAUGAUAAUGUUCCAUGUCAGAUUGAUAGUGUUCUUUUGAGUCAGAUUUGUGAAAUAAAAUGUUUGUACUUUUAUUGUUUUAAUGGAAGAAGAAUGGAAUUAAUAAAGAAAAAAACACUCUUAA